AUGGUCGCCGUCAUGCUUGCGACCGCCAGAAAGCCAGUCGAGAAGCCGCAGCCGAACAUCGUCGACCGUAACUGGCCGUGCUUCAUCGUCGCUUUCACCUUGGCUUCAAUCAAACUCGCCCUGGCGUACACCAACAUCGAAGACAUCAAAAUCCCCGGAUUCAGUAAGCACCUCCCCACUUUUAAAGUAUCAUUGAACCCUUCUAGAUAACGUCAACGUGUUCUUCCUCAUGGAGCUCGGAUCGACGCCCCUCGCCGUCAUCAACCCUCGUGUCUGGUUUGGCAUGUUCAUGUGCUCCCUGGCGUACAUGUGCGUCGAGACCAACUACCCGACGAUUGCGGUGCUCACCAUCGUCUCUAUGCUGGUCGUUACCUACGCCAUGGAGUACAGCGACUACAGGGACAGGGCCGCUUCCAAAAGAAACGUCGUUUACAAAGCCCUUCCGCUCAUCGACGAGAAGAAACUGAAAGAGCAACAGAUCGUCUAA